ACCAGACGACACAAUCCCAUCCUCUGUUCAUUCAGCUGCUGUGAAGCCCACACAGAUCCUCCUCUGCUCUCUCUCCGCCUGCUCUGGCGAAUUGGAGCUGUCUGUGCCAUCAUUUGGAUCACUCCACAAAUGACUUGAACACAUCAGGAUGAAUUCUUAAAUUCAUCUUGCGUACUGUCUUUUUCAUAAGGAGUCCAAGAUGUCUGCUUCGUUCUGGGACCUGAAUUACUCGAUGUCUACGAGUCCUCCAAAGACACCACCUAUACACUUUGCCAGGUCUGAUUUCAAGUACACCAGCAGUAUGAGUUUUUAUGAUCAGUCACAAUGUAAUUCACACAUUCAAGACAACCACAACAACUUAGACCGGACUUCAAAUGAGCAAGUAGAAUACACAAGACUAAACUCCUCAAGAACAAACAACAGUACAGGAGAGUGGCAUAUGGUCACAGCCACAGGCUCUCUACUUGGCACCGAAAGACGAGGCCAGAGGGAAAGUCUGCAGUCUCGAGGGAACUUAUCUUACAACAGCUUGCCAAGAGCACAUUUUCUCCAGCCAAAUAGAGAAUCAAGUGCAUUUUCACCCUACACCAAGGACAUUUGGUUGGAUGCCCAAAACAUCGCUGUGUCUCCCAGGAGCAGUCCUAAACUGCACCCACUGACACAACCUGGAUUCCACAGUCCAAAAACCCCACGCUCCAAACACUGUGAUGCCACACAAUCCACAAAAAAUGCUUUAAGAGGAUCUUCAACAAGCAACAUGAAAGAAUUCAGUGCUCACACGUUGCCCCUUCCAUGCUCCAAGACUGGUCUUCUUAAACUCAGAAAACCGCAAAAGGUUAAAACGUCUGUGGUAGAAACGCCUCCUCUGAUGAGAGCUGUAAUAUCUCAAACAUCACCAAACUCAAAUAAACCCAGCAAGAAGGAUGUCAGCCAACAGCAAAGAGAGGAUCAUCACGCCAAGAACGAGGACCAGAGUUUUUCCAAUCUACAGGAGCCCAAUAUUAAACAUUUUGGAAAUGAUCCAUUUGUGUGGAGUCGCAGUCAACCAUCAUCCCCCGGUCGAUAUCAGGAUUUAUUGUCUCUCAAGGAUCGUCUUUCUAUUAACACCCAUCUGUUCCCUGAACGCCAGUCUGCAACGCUUAGUGAAAAUGCGAUUCAGGAGAGAUUUAGCAUGAGUGUUGACAGUCAGGGUGACCCCGACCAGCCCGAGCCCUGCCAACCUCACGGCAGCUUAAAUCUACCAGACCGCCAAAAAGAAAUUUCAACACUACAUCAAGAACAUAGUGAUGUUAGAAAUGGGUACAUAAAUGUAAGUCAGGUGGCCACGAAUUCAAAGAAUGUGUUUGGUCAGCCUCGAAUUGUGGCAUCACUGCGAGUGGCGUGUUCCCCACGGGCCGUUCGCAAGAGCACAGUUGUGGAAGACUUGAAAAAACUCAUUGUGAUGGAUGACACAGAGGACGACCCUCGGGAUGAUUCAUCACCUCUUCAACAAAAAGAGGCGGAGCUUUGCGUGAGUCCUUUGUCAUCCAGUCAUUCCCCAGCACUCACACCCAGCCAUCUCUCCAUGCAAACGCGUCCCACAGAAUGCUGGCCAAUGCCUGAGCAGGCUGAAACAGACAACUGGGAAAAGGACCAAGACCAGUAUUCUGAACUCAUGCCCCUGCCAAAUACUGCCUGUCAUCUUGACUGGGAAAGUCUUGUUCAAGCAGCCCAAGCUUAUGAGACACAAAGGAUGGCAAUCCUUCUGUCAGAAAUGAGUCCUCUAUCAAGCAGGCCAGAAACACCAUCCCAAGGGACUUACAAGUCCCAUCAUUCCAAUGCCCAUUACACCAGAGAAGAUGCAGAUGAUGUUUUCAUUGACUUUCCCGACCAACUGUCUCAUCUGGAAGCGAUGCUUAAGAGACUGAGCAGUGAUCUACUGAAGGAGAAGAGGGACAAGGUGGCUCUGCUGGCAGAAGUGCUUAAGCUUCGUAUUAGCAACCAGCAUCUGAAAGAGGAGUCCCUCUGUGCGGUUGAACAACUACACAAGAUCAGCAACAUUUUAAAUCCUGAGCUGGAGGACUACAAGACUACAAAUCCAAAUAUAGUCUCUCGAUCUUCAGGAAGGAACGGAUGGUUCAGGCCCUGAGAUGGCAAUGUGAGCAGAGAUGGGCUGAGGAUCAGGGUGUCGGCUUUCCGCACAAGUGGGUGCCGAGGCAGC